AUGCACAAUGGAGACAGUAGGCAGGAUGUCGGAGAAGCUACUUUAAACAGCCACGAAGAAACGUGGAGGAAGCAAAUUUGCCUGUACAAGGAAGCCAACAAAAUCGACCUACUGAAGAAAAACCAAUUCGACAAGAGCAUUCUGUCGGAGGCCUUCAUCGCCCAGGACGAAAAUAUUUUGCACCUCGUUCUGAGCCCCCCCAUGUCGAGUGUGCUAGAAGAGCUGGAUGUUCGCGCGAUGAGUGGCAUGAGCAGCGGCGUAGCCAACCGUGGGGACAGAACACCCAAUAGCCACAAGGACACAGCGCUCACGACAAACCUAGAGGAGGGAAAAAUAAUUCAUGAGUGCACCCACGAGUUGCUCAUCAACGAAAAGGCAAAAAAUAGAACCCUCUCUAGCAACAAAAUGGUAUUUGAACUCGGUGCAGGGAGUGGACUAGCCAGCAUUUCGCUUUUCACGCAUGCGAACAUUUUUCGCAACGGAACUAAUCAAGGACAGAAUCAAGUAGUCAUUACCGAUGUCAACCCAUUCACUCUAAGUAACCUUUCGCAUAAGGUCCUAUUAAAAGAAUAA